AUGGAGGAGGACAAACACGAAGACAAUGGGAGUAGUGAUCUCGCUUUUGCUCAAGAUAAUGACCAGGAGGAUGAGGAGGAGUUCAAUCCAAUCACCGCGUACGAGAGUCUCAAGGAGGCCUUUGAGAACAUUGCCCGUGAAGCAGGUGGGUCUUCAUUUAUCUGCAUAUCUCAGCAACUGCUGAUUCGCUCUCGUGCAGGCACUCAGCUCGAUGACAAAGAUCUUGCUACCCUUCGAUUGUUCGCCCUCAAAGUCCAAACCCAUAUGAAAGCCGAUACGUUUGCGAAGCUCCCCUAUGCGUUCCCAACACAGGAUGUACCCUCAUGGAAGACUACGCAGUCGCGCGCUGCAGUUCUUUCCGCAUUGGACCCUGUAAUGUACGACUGCUGCAAGAAUUCGUGCUGCUGCUUCGUCGGCCCUCAUUCAACACUUCGCGAGUGUCCAUACUGUAAAGAACCACGCUACAAUGCCACGGGACGCCCACGUUCCCAGUUUCCUUAUCUACCCCUUACACCACGUCUAAAAGCCUACCUCGAAAGUCAGGACAUGGCUCGCAAAAUGCAGUAUCGCGCGCGUGAUCACUCACAUAUCCCGGGUACAAUGACGGACAUAUUUGAUGGUGACCUAUAUCAACAACUACUCCGUACUUCGGUCUCCCUCCAUGGACGAAAUCUUAAUCACACAUUCUUCUCUGAUCCUCGAGACGUCGCACUGGGAUUGUCGACGGAUGGGUUUGCACCACACAAGCGGCGGAAAAAGACA